UUCUGUUUUAUAGGCUUCAUAAAAAUGAAAGAAGAAAGGCAAGAUCUGAAUGAGGUGGAGGGGAAAUAUCAGGAUCAGAAAGAUCAUGAUGUCAAUGGAGAAAAAUCAGUGAGUUGCAGCUUUAAAAAAAGAGAAGUCAAAAGGCCUUUCAGCUGCUCUCAGUGUGGAAACACUUUCACAUGUAACAAAACUCUGAAGAAUCACAUGUUAAUUCAUACUGGAAUAAAGCCUUUCAGCUGCUCUCAGUGUGGAAAGAGUUUCACAUAUAACCGUAAUCGUAUUAGGCACAUGUUAAUUCAUACGGGAAGUAAGCCUUUCAGCUGCUCUCAGUGUGGAAAGAGUUUUAUACGGAAAGCACAUCUUAAGAGUCAUUUGUUAACUCACACUUCAGAAAAGCCUUUCAGCUGCUCUCAGUGUGGAACCACUUUCACAUGUAACAAAACUCUUAAGAAUCACAUGUUAAAUCAUACUGGAAUAAAGCCUUUCAGCUGCUCUCAGUGUGGAAAGAGUUUCACAUGUAACCGUAAUCGUAUUAGGCACAUGUUAAUUCAUACGGGAAUAAAGCCUUUCAGCUGCUCUCAGUGUGGAAAGAGUUUUAUACGGGAAGCUCACCUUAAGAGUCAUUUGUUAACUCACACUUCAGAAAAGCCUUUCAGUUGCUCUCAGUGUGGAAACACUUUUACACGCAAAAAAAGCCUUGAGAAUCACAUGUUAAUUCAUACUGGAAAAAAGUCUUUCUUCUGCUCUCAGUGUGGAAAGGGUUUUAUAUAUAAAGUAAGCCUUAGGAACCACAUGAUAAUUCAUACUGGAAUAAAGCCUUUCAGCUGUUCCGAGUGUGGAAAGAGUUUCACAUGUAACCGUAAUCUUAGUAGGCACAUGUUAAUUCACACUGGAAUAAAGCCUUUCAGCUGUUCUGAGUGUGGAAAGAGUUUUACAGUGAAAUCAAGCUUAAAUAAUCACGUUAAUUCAUACUAGGAUAAAGCCUUUCACCUGCCCUCAUAUUGAAAUACUUUUACACAGAAAGGACAAUUUAAUACUCAUUUUGUAACUCACAGUUUAUAAAAUCCUUUCUGCUGCUCUCAGUGUGGAAAGUUUUUUAUGUGAAACAUACUGUAAAGGCACAAUAUGUAAUUUUCACCGCUGGAGGGCGUGUAUUAAAAAUAAGCCGUCUAAAUGAAACAAGGCCAAAGAACAAGCGUGACACACAUAGAGCUUGAAAGCUUUUAUUAUGCGACAGUUGAUCACUUCUGCUGCUUCCAGUCGUGCGUACGACAGGUAAAGCAGUACUGUUUUAUCAUACUAGAUACGUUUGAAAGUCCCUUUAUAAUGCUACACGGUGUGGUCAUCACCGGUCUAUUAAAAUGCAUAACAUAUUAAAUCGUCUUUGGUUUUUCCAUGUUUUCUACAAAACAAAACCUGAAAUUGAGGGGUUAGGAAGUAAUUGGCAGCUGACACAAUGACACUAUGGUCACUGUCCGUGUAACUAGUUUUGAACAUUCUUCGAAACAUUUGGGGUAAUGUAAGUACACAAGUCAGCAAAAUUUAUAACACUUCUAGUGGUUUUGGGAUAUUGUAAUAAAAUAAUCUUACAUAUUGUGCAUUUAGUGUUUCUAAAACUAAGGAGAUGACUAUUGAUUUUAACUAAUUUUUUUAAGUAUUUGGGCAAUGUGUUGGAUAAAACAUUUUUAUUUUCUCCCAAUACUGAGGUUUUGUGUAAGAGGCAGCAAAGAUUGUACUGCUUGCGGAAACUAAGGUUAUUUAAUGUCAACAAAACAUUGAUGUGCAUGUUCUACAGAUCCUGUAUUGAGUUACUGUUAUCUUUUUCACUGUUGUGCUGGUUUAAUUCUCUAAAAGUGAAAAACAUGAAUUGUCUUGAUGAUUGUAAACCAGGGAAAGUAAAAUAACUUUCAUUUAUCCCCUCAGUUGUAAAGUUUGCUGUUUAUGUGAAAUGUUUGAUUGCUGCAACCAAAUUACCUCUGGGGAAUCAAUAAAAUGAUCUGA